AUGGAUCUUCACCUGCAUUUGACGGUUGCAUCUCGUGUAUUAGAUCGUAAAUGGGGUACACCCAUUGAUUUAGAUACAUACACUGAUUUUAGAACCUGUCUUCCCGCCGAAAUAGAUAUGCCGACAACUACGUUUUCGUCUGAAGAAUACUUAAGAUCAGUGCGUAGAAAGUACAAGCCCAAACGAAGAGAAUCUUUUGGUGAUAUUUCUAUAUCUAGAAUGCGUUCUACGAGUGAUUUGGGUUCUUCAGACAGUGAUAUCAGUAUUUUAAGCGAACACUAUUUUCAAUACGAAACUAGCCACAAAGGGCAAGAAAUUUGUAAUGAGAAAAUGGCUGAGAAAAAAUAUAUACAUUACAGGCGAUUGAAGAAUGUUAUAAAAAGGUUAAAAACGAAAUUGUUAAAUUUGAAAACCCACAACUGA